AGCAGAGUUAUUGUUGUGAAUACUAAAGUUCAAAUUUUCAUCUUGUCUGCGUUGGUUUUAUUUAAAUUUUAUUAAAUAUCGAUUAAAGUGUCAAUCAACAGAGAAAUAAUUUUCUGAAAGCUAUCGGAUAUUCGAGUAAAAAUGUCUUCAAAACAACGAAUAGAGGCCUCUACAACAGUUACUUCUGAUGAGUGCAUUUACACGUGGACGAUCAAGAAUUAUCGCUCAUUACAAUUCAAUGUCGGACAAGUAUUAGAAUCUCCAAAAUUUGGUGUAGGAAUGGAUAAUAAAAAAUACUUCAAGUUGCAAUUGUACCCUGAAAGUGAUGGUACGGAUGAUAGCGCAGGACACAUUUCUUUUUAUCUUAAACCCAUAAUAGAUUCAGCGAAAAAACCAGAUAAACUCAUAUGUAGAGCGGCAGUAAUGAUUAUUAAUAAUAAAAAAGUUGUUCAAAAAUGGAGAAUGUGUCACGAUUUCGCGACCUCGGGCUUCUUAGGCCGGGGGUGGAAAAAUUUUUUUGAACUGGAACAUAUUGACAAACUAAUUUCUUUCGAGAAUACUGUAACUAUUCAAUGUGAAUUAGAAAUUUUCAAUGAAAUUGAAUCUUCACAGAAUUCAGAAAUAAUCUGCAGUAAAGACGAGGCAAUCGAUACAAUGAAAUUCGAUUUUUCAUUUUAUAGUGAAAAACUCAGUGAUGUUAAAUUGAUAGUUGAGGAAGUUAAAAUUCCAGCGCACAAAAUUGUACUGUCAGCGGCCAGCCCAGUAUUUAGGGCCAUGUUUACACACGAUAUGUUAGAAAACACUGAAAACUCCGUGAAGAUAACCGACAUUACUGAGGAUAUUCUGACUGAAAUGCUGAGGUACAUUUACACUGGAGAGAUCGAUGCUAUCGAAACCGAUCAGAUUAUUGCAUUAUUAGCAGCGGCUGACAAAUAUCAAAUAGAUAAUUUAAAAAUCAAGUGUGGAAAAGUGUUAUGUGAUGAAUUAUCAUCUCAGAAUGCUAUUAAGCUAUUAUUAGCUGCUUACAAGUAUAAAAUAAAGAAUUUGAAAGAUGAAGUAAUAAAGUUUGUCACAACUCAUAUACAAUUAUUCUCGUAUUCUGAAGAGAUGAAGGAAAUAGAUGAUCCUGAUAUAUGGAUGAAUUUAGUGCAAUCGAUAAUAAAAUCGCCGAAAAAUAUAUCCUAACCCCGUUUUAUGCCUAUAGAUUAAAGUGGAAGUGGAUUUAAUCGCAUUCUUUUUUUAAUUAUUAUAAAUUAGUCUUUAAUUUUUGUAUCGUAUUAAGGUUAAACCAAAAAUAUUAUUA